AUGGGUUCAAAGAUGGACUCCUUUGUCAUGGUAAUAAUAACGCUGUGUCUUCUCGUAAUCAGGUACAACACAUGUGAGGCGAUUGAAAGUUGUGCUUCAUUGGAUUGUGAUCAUGUAUGCUCACUGAGCGGUAACGUAGCAAAAUGCUCGUGUAACUCAGGGUUUGCACUGGAGAGCGACGGUGUCACGUGCUCAGACAUCGACGAAUGUGAUUUGGACAUCGAUGAUUGUGAACAUAUCUGCGCCAAUACAGAGGGUGGAUUCCAGUGUUCUUGUCAAGAAGGAUUUUACUUGCAAGACGACAAUCGCACUUGCAGUAGAAUGCUAUGCGACGACACGUGGACCGAAUGGUUCGACGAGUCUAAUACAAGUAUUGGGGAGCUGGAAUUAGUGGACUCACUUAGAACAACACACGAAUUUUGCAGUAAUCCGACAGAUAUUGAAUGUCGAUUGGCGGCACCCCCUCAUACGCCUUACGAACAGACUGGUCAAAUAGCUACCUGCUUAUUACCAAGUGGUUUUGUUUGUUUUCAUGAUGACCAGCGAGGACAGUGUAACGACUAUGCCGUACGAGUUCUUUGUCCAGCAAACUGUACAGAGGAGAGUUCCGCCGCAUCCAUGACAACCACUGCAUCACUGAUCUCCACCGCAUCUUUGACUACCACCUCACUAUCGUUACUAAUUGAAACAACACAGUAUGACGAAGAAACAACAUUCAGUGCGCCUUUUUCACAAGAUUCUAUGCACGUGUCGCUACCAUCAGGAAGAACAUCCCGCGAACAAACAACAUUGUCACCGCUUAGCACGACAGAGACACUGAGUGUAUCGACAAUAAUAGCAUACUUAGUCACUAUUCUCGGCACCACAUCAGACUACACACCAGCCACAGUAGUAUCCGCAACUAAUCCCCGUUCAUCUCCUUUAAGCUAUUCUCGAAACGAAGACAUCACCACAACUACCAUGGCCGAUGUGCUCGGAAUUACAAGUACUCAUACAAAUGCUCCAAUCGUUUCUGUCGCAGAUGAAAUUAAAAGCAAAACGCCGCCAUUGUUUUCACCGGCAGUAAGUCUCCAAGCAGAGCAUUCGAUAACAACGGAAAUUAUGUUAACGCACACAUCGGUAGCACAGAAAACUGACGCCCGUCAGCAGACGAUAGCCACGACUGUGGUAGAAUCUGUACGAGAAAGCACAGUGUAUACAACAGGGCUAUGCAAGAAACCAGCCCCACAUCACUGUGAAGGUAACAUAAAUGGACGAAGGUUUCAGCUGACAUUUUCUGUAGAGGGAAUUGAGUGGAGUAGUGAUUUAACGAACUCUGAGUCAUGUGACUUUCACAAUCUAGCUGCCGAUGUUAGCGCCUCUCUUCAACUAACUUUUGAAAGCACUAAUCUAUCAGGGACAUUUCUCUGUUUCUACAUCAACAGUUUCAGACUGACGUUACGUCGAAGAAGAGAUGUCAGCAAUUCCACUGUCGAGUUAGAGAGUGAACUGCCAAUACUAGACAUUUAUACAUGGGUGACGGAACAUGUCAUAUCAGACGCGUUUAUCGAAGGCGUUAUAUCAACCAACGCAUUCCGUCGGUACAGCAUGUCAGUGAUCAUCGGAACUGAGGUCGUCGUUGAACUUGACCCAAUUGCUGGUCAAGGUGAAGUGGCAGUCCCCACAAUGUCUGAAACAGCAACCGGUAUACUUAUGGUGGUUGGCAUUGCACUUGGGACUAUAUUGAUCAUUACGAUAGCCUGGCUGACCUCCAAGGCAUGGAAGCGCUACUCAUCCAAAAAACAGCGAGGCUACGAGAGGACAUACCUGACAGAUUUUGAAGAUCAGGGCUUACAACUUGAUUGGAACGUCGGAAACCCGCAAGAGACACCAUGUCGUAAUACAAACUCUCCUUCAUACGACAGCUAUCCUGGACACGACUCGAAGAUGAGCGUCAAAUCAAGAGACCGACCUUGGUCUUAUAUUUACGGGUACAGCGAUGACAAUCGUAACGAGCAGCACGUACGAGUUACGCUCGAACCUAUGCAACGUCCGUCUAAAUACGAGCGAUUUCUUGAAAAUAACGGAAUUAAAAUGCAGUUACAAAAGACUUCGUCAGUGGAUAACUAUAUGCCAAAGGUACAGCAAGUUGUCUCUUCUAGCUUGGCAACGCACCCCAGGGACCUGAAUGGAGGUACCACAGAUGUCAUUGUCUGA